GAAAAAUGUUAUAAGUAUCUCGCACAGUUGCAGUUGAAAAAUAUUGGUAUUGAAAAACAGCAAACUGCAAAGAUCGUUACACGGAUGCCACAAAAUUUCAAUGAUGAAUCAUCGAAACUCGACGACGAUUCUGGACUUUUCUGUUUUAAAACGAGUAUAGGUGAACGAGAUGCAUGGUACGUAGAUUCAGGUGCUUCUUAUCAUUUAACUAAUAACAGAGCUUUUUAUGACAGGUUUAACAAAGAUGUCUGUGAAACAAUAAGAUUAGCUGACGGACGAAAGACGAAGUCUGAAGGAACAGGAGAUAUUACACUUUACUGCGAUUGCAAUCUUCUUUCAGUACGCGCACUCACAUCGCGAGGAUUGCGUGUGAAUUUCGUUGAAAAUCGCUGUGAAAUAAUCAAUGGCAACACUGUCGUUGGAACUGCGGAAGCUGUAAAUGGUCUCUUCAAACUGUGCCGUAUACAAAAGGCAUUGAUGACUGUGAACAUUAUACGAAAAUUGUAUACACACUUCGCAUCGACGUUUUGGACACCGCGACCCUGAAGCAAUCAAGUUACUGGAGAGUAAGUCAAUGGCAUGUGGAAUAAGAAUUAUGGACUGUAAAGGGCGUUUUUCCAUGCAAAACGUGUA